AUGUUGUCCUUGAGAGUUUCGUCUUCCCUCAGUCGACGCGGGUCCUUCAGGAGGCGAGUCGUUUUCGAGUCACUUCCAAACCGCACGACUGGUAUCCGUGGCAUCCGUGGUCUUGCGACCGUUGUAGCGGAUGCCAACGACUCGAAUUUUCGCAUUCCUGUCAUCGACUUCAAGAAAUUCAGAAGCGCAAAUUCUGCAGCGGAAAAGAAGAAAACGGCAGAUGAAAUUGUCGAUGCGUUUAAGGAGAGCGGGUUUAUAUAUGUUGAAGGGCAUGGAAUACCUGCUGAUACCGUUUCUGAUGUGUUCAAGAAGAGUGCCGAUUUCUUCAAGCUACCGACAGAAGUCAAGAUGAAGCUAGCAUGGGAAGAUCCUCGUUCCAACCGAGGAUACGUUCAAAUGGGACGAGAGCGCGUAACACAGUCCAAGGAUGCGGCUGAAAUAGCACAACUACGAGCAAAAGCUCCAGACUAUAAGGAAUCCAUGGAGAUUGGAAGAGAUUGGGACUCUGAGUGGAAGAAUAUGUGGCCACGGGAAAGCGACGCACCCGGCUUCAAGAGCAAGAUGUUGGCCUUCUAUCAAUCGUGCCAUGACCUUCACGUUGAAAUUAUGCGCUCUGUGGCGCUGGGACUUGGUCUGGAGGAACGAUUUUUUGACCGAAAGAUCGAUCAGCAAUGCCAUAACCUGCGACUCCUCUCUUAUCCCGCAGUUAAACGGUCCCUCCUCGAGGGAGAGGGUCAAGCUCGAGCUGGAGCCCACAGUGAUUAUGGUACUCUGACAUUGUUAUUCCAAGAUUCGGUAUUCCUACGCUAUAUUCCCUCUGUUGGAGGUCUGCAAGUCCGUAAUCCUAAUACCGGCUCUUACGUCGCGGCCGUACCCAUCCCAGGAACAAUCGUAAUUAACGUUGGGGACCUGUUAGCAAGAUGGAGCAACGACGUCCUUCGUUCAACGUUACAUCGUGUUGUUACACCUUCGCACACAAUCAACGAAAUUGAGACUGUCACACCUGGACGACAAUCAAUCGCGUUUUUCUGCAAUCCGAACUUCGACGCAGAAAUCACUUGUCUGCCGACCUGUGGGCCAGAGGCAAAGUAUCCGGUGGUGAAUGCAGGGAAUUAUAUUAUCGGACGCCUGACAGUGACUUACACAUGA